AUGCGCAUCUACUACUGCAAGACUAAGCCUGGCCUUCGUUUCAUUGACUGUCAAGUCCGUCGUGAUUUUGGUUCAGCACCGGAAGGAGAUCUUGAUGGCUUCUGCCGUAGCGGAUGCUCUAGCGACCGUGUGAGAAUGAUACUCGACACUGCGUUUUACACCUAUACUUCCAAGCUAGAAGGAGAACAGGAUCCCUGCUGCAAGUUAAACUACUACGAUGAAGUGCUCGUUCCCAAUGACAAGAUCACGGCAUAUAAGGAAAUCAUGGCCGAUUGGCUUGAGAACGAGACAUGCCCCAACCCCGCCAAGGGAUUGGGCAAGCGAUCUGUCACAUACCCGGUCGUGCAGGAGGACGGCAUCGACGAUAUUUCUGGAAAAGCAACAGACGAACUUCAGAGAACCGUCCUAUACCAGGAAGAGAAAUACCCCUAG